AACAAAAAAAAACUACACCUCCCAGACCCGCGUGCGGUAGCUUUCUGUUCAAAGAGAUUCCUGAACGUCAUCAGACCACCGGAAGGGGAACCGUGCUGAUUUAUUUCAACCAGAGGGGAAUAAAGCAAGGAAUCACUACCCAUUUAUAUAUAUACAGUUCACACUCAGUUGUUUAUUCUGUAUUAAGGAGGGAGGGUGCAAUAUCAACCCAACAAAAUAUGCUGAUUGUUCUAUACAGCCUUGUAUAUUUUUGGCUACAAGGAAUCAAAACCAAAUACAGUCAACCUCGGAUAACUCGACACCUUUGCUUAAUUCAACAGACAGUCUUGGUACCGGAUUUUCUCCAUAUAAAAUAUACGCAUCCUGCCUCUUAAUUUUUUUAAUUGACACCACGCGUUUUACUCGUAUAGCUUGACACUUAUCGGUACAGAAGAGAUAAAAACUAUUAAAAAGACUAGUGGAUAAUUCAACACUUUCAUUUCAUGUGAAUGAACUUUACUUGACACUCUUGUUUCACAUAACUGACCGCUGAGUGUAAACGGAUUGUUCAUUCGUUAGUUUAUUCAUUCAUUCGGAACUGCCAAGUGCAGCUGGUUACAGUAUCAGUUCACAAUGAGUGAGAAGCGAAAACUUAGUUCUUGUUCAAUUGGAUUUAAAGCUCAGGUUAUUCUGGAUAUUCUAAAAAACAAGAUUACAGUUAGUGCUGCUGCUGGCAAAUUUGCGGUGCCAAGAACCACAGUGAUUUCGUGGCUUAAUCAGAAGGAAAAAAUUAUUGCUGCGGUCUCAGAAGCGAGCUUCAGUGUCAGCCGAAAAAGAAUGAGGACUUCGUCACAAUGUGAAGUUGAAGACUGUCUUCUGAAGUGGAUGCGGAAUGCUCGUGCUAAGAAUAUGCCAAUUAGUGGACCAAUUUUAUUAGCAAGAGCAAAUGAGUUUGCUCGGGAUCUGGGGAUUGAAGAUUUCAAGUGCUGCGAAGCCUGGAUUGACCGCUUUAAAUCACGGCAUGGCAUCUCAACCAAAGGGAUGUCUGGUAAAGCCAAUGCGGCUCCAUUAGAUGCAAUAAAGCAGUGGAAAGCAACAACGCUGGUUACUCUUUUGCAGGAAUAUUCUCCUUGUGACAUUUACAAUGCUGAUGAGACAGGCUUAUUUUGGAAACUGCUUCCCAAUAAAACGCUGGCUUUCAAAGGAGAAAAAUGCAAAAAUGGGAAACAAGGCAAGAACCGACUUACUGUACUGCUCACUGCGAACAUGGAUGGUUCAGACAAGAGGAAACCGCUGGUGAUUGGGAAGCCUCUUAAUCCACCAUGCUUGAAAGGGGUGAAGCACCUACCUGUUAAGUACACUGCAAACAAAAAGGCCUGGAUGGUGAGUUCACUCUUUGAAGAAUUUGUUCGAGACUUUGAUCGUGACAUGACUUCUCAAAAACGAAAAGUAGUCCUAGUCCUGGACAGUUGCCCAGCCCACCCUGCAGAAAUUGCAGGGUUGCAAUCAGUUUGUCUGCAGAUGUUACCGCUGAACACAACAGCUCACACACAGCCCAUGGAUGCUGGCAUCAUUAAGAAUUUCAAGAUGCAUUAUCGUCAGCUGAUUGUGAGCCGUUUGCUGAAUGCAAUUGAUAACAACUUUGCAUUCAAUCCAGAUAUGCUUAUGGCACUUAAUCUUAUAAAGCAAGCUUGGAGUCUGGUGUCAGCACAAACGAUUGCAAACUGUUUUAAGGACUGUGGCUUUGUUGUUGGUGGCAUAGGUGGUCCCGAAGCUGAUGUCACAAUCUGUAACGAAAGUGAAGAAGCUGCAUUCAGCGAUGCCAUUGAUCGACUUUGCGAAGCCGGAAUCUUGCCUUCGGAUUGUACAGUUGAUGACUACAUUGCAGUUGACGGUUUCCUGGCAAUUUCAGAAGAGACGACCAACAAGGACAUUGUCACAUCUGUAAUAAGCAAACGUUCCGGCGAAGAAACACUGAAUGAUUUGAAUACAGAUGAAGAUGAAGAUGAAGCUAACUCUGUUCCUGAACUUCCAAAGCCUCCUAUCAAACUGGAUAAUGCCAUUGCCGCCCUGGACACGGUUCAGAUGUUUUUGGCUCAAGAGGGCAUCGAAGAUAAUCCAAAGAGUCUCAGCACCUUGUCAGCAGAACUUUCAAAGCGCGUGUUUUUACAUGCAAAACAAUCGACAAUGCUUGAUUUCUGUGUGAAACUGCAAAGACCAAAAAUGGAGUCUGUCCACAUUAAAGAGGAAGACCCUGAAUUGGAGCCCAUCCACAUUAAAGAGGAAGACCCUGAACUGGAGCCCGUCCACAUUAAAGAGGAGGUACCUGAUCCGGAAUGUGUCCGUGCUAAAGAGGAGGUCCCAGAACUGGAAUUAGAUAGCUUUGCAAAUGAUGUUGGUGAAUUAGGGAUUGUCCAUGUUGUAGAGGCACAUCCAUGUCCUGAUUGUGGGAAGAAUUUCAGUAGGUCAGGAACCCUAAAGAAGCACCAGAGAAUUCACACAGGGGAGAAAAGAUACCAGUGCACCGAAUGCGGGAAGCGCUUUACAAACUCCGAAGGCCUUAAAAAUCACCAACGAAUUCACACAGGUGAAAAGCCGUAUGAGUGCAAUGACUGCGGAAGAGGUUUCACUCAGGUGGGAAACCUUAGACAGCACCAGCGGAUUCACACUGGAGAGACCCCAUAUGAAUGCACUGACUGUGGAAAGAGUUUCAGGCAUUCGGAUGGACUGAAAAAACACCUGCGGAUUCACACAGGCGAUAAACCUUAUCACUGUACCGAAUGUGAAAAGAGCUUCAGGCAGCUAGGAAGCCUGAGGACACAUUUGCGGAUUCACACAGGAGAGACGCCGUACGAAUGCGCUGAAUGUGGUCGGAGUUUCCGGCAGUCGGACGGACUGAAGAAACACAAGCGAAUCCACACAGGAGAGAAACCCUAUACCUGUACUGAAUGUGGCAAGGGUUUCAGUCGGUUAGGAAACUUUAGGGAACACCAGCGAAGUCACACUGGAGUGAAACCUCACCUCUGUGCCGAAUGUGGGAAGGUGUUCAGUCGCUUGGAAACCUUGAGAACACAUCAGCGAAUUCAUACAGGAGAGAAACCAUACCAGUGCAUUGAAUGUGGCAACAGUUUUACGUACUCGCAUCAACUGAAAACUCAUACAGUCAACUUUCAUUAAAACCAAGCUUGUAAAAGUUUUUGCGUUUUAAAGUGUGAACAGCAUUGUAUAAAAGUAAUUGGACGCAGUGUGUGUAAACCCAUGUACAGUUUCACAUUUUUUAUUGGUUCAAACAGUAAACAGCAUAUUACACAAAAGGUUUAAACUUCAAUCUAUUGUAAGCUCUCUAAAAAACCUACAUUAUUAUCAUACUUAUAAUUACUGUUUCCUUUGAGUUUAAAGCCAUUUUGAAAACGUAUUUUUUUGUAACACAAUCUAUUUAAAAUCUAGCUAGCGUAUGGUCUGAUUUGCUUUCUAGCUCAUACAUCCACUGUUAUUUUGUGUUUUAUGAACAAUAUAUGUAUAUAUGUAUAAGAAUCAGUUCAGUACAUAUCUACAGUAUAAAUGGACAGUGUACAGUAGUCCAAGGCAUAGACUCCUUAGCAUAAUAAUUCCUGGUAAAACAAAUGCUAUAUUGUUGACUGUCACUGUUGAAAAUCUAAAUAUUGUGGAGAAAAUAGAAAUUUAAACCAUGUGCUUGCUAGGGCUGUCAGUUAAGCCUCCAAAUAGCAAUAGAUAAUUGCACGCACUAAAUAAAAUCAUUUGAAAAAAUA